AACUGCACUGCUGAACUUGCAAUAAGUUAGAGUGAGAAAAAAUAUACUUAUCUCACUUUAACUUAUUGCACCAGUUUAGCAGUGCAGCUGAAAAGAACAGACCACUUGUGUUUAUGCGACCAACAGUGACACGUCGUUGCGGAUCGAAGAUAGAGAUUACAUGAAUGAGAUUACAUGAAAAAUAGAAAAAAUUUACAGCAAUGAAUAUGUCAAAUAGACCAAAUAAACCAGCUAAGUGUACAUGGAAGGCUAAUGAGAAAAAUUCACCACAUACUAAAAGAACAGAGGUACCAGAUCGUAAAAAGAUAUUGCCAGAUAUUCUAGAUACGAUAGGUCAGACGCCUCUUAUUCAACUUAACCGCAUUCCUAAAUCCUAUGGGAUUAAGUGUCAAAUGUAUGUAAAAUGUGAAUUCUUUAAUCCUGGAGGAUCUGUGAAAGACCGAAUAGCACAUAGAAUGAUUCAAGAUGCAGAGAAAAAAGGGCUAAUAAAACCAGGAUAUACACUUAUUGAGCCGACUAGUGGUAAUACUGGAAUCGGCUUAGCAAUGGCUGCAGCAGUCAAAGGAUAUAAAUGUGUUAUUGUGAUGCCACAGAAAAUGUCUAACGAGAAAGUCACUGUAUUACGCGCCCUUGGUGCAGAAAUAGUCAGAACACCGACUGAAGUACAUUGGACCAGCGACAGAAGUCAUAUCAGUGUUGCUCAUAAACUGGAAAGAGAGACACCUAAUAGCAUCAUCUUGGAUCAAUACACCAAUGCUGGCAACCCCUUAGCCCAUUAUGACGGAACAGCAGAAGAGAUUUUUGAGCAAUGUGAUGGAAAGAUUGACUAUGUAGUGAUUGGUGCUGGUACUGGUGGAACAAUAACUGGAAUCGGACGCAAAUUAAAGGAAUUGUUGCCCGAUGUAAAAAUCAUCGGUGUGGAUCCUAAAGGCAGUAUUUUAGCAUGUCCACCUGAAUUAAAUGAAGGAGACACAAGUUUUUAUGAAGUAGAAGGAAUUGGAUAUGACUUUACACCCACGGUCUUAAAUUAUGACGUAAUUGACAAAUGGAUAAAAUCGGAAGACCACGAGUCACUGCACGCAGCGCGGGAAUUAAUUAGGGAAGAAGGACUAUUGUGUGGAGCAAGUAGCGGUGCAGCACUUUCAGCAGCUUUAAAAAUCGCCAAGGAUUUACCUGCAGAUAAACAUAUGGUCGUUCUUUUACCAGAUGGUAUACGCAACUAUAUGACCAAAUUCGUAUCAGAUCGGUGGAUGCAAGAAAGGAACUUUUUGCCACCAGAAGCUACUUUACCAAAGCCCAUGUGGUGGUGGAAUUUACCAGUAUCGAAAUUAACGUUAACUAAAGUUGUGCUUCCGAGGGAGAUAACAUGUCAUAAGGCUGUAGAAGUUUUUACACGAUAUAACAUACAACGAAUGUUGGUAACUAAUGACGAAAUGCAAAAGCACGUUGUAGGUGUUGUCUCGUCGGACGUACUUUUGCUUAAGUUGAUAUCAGGUGAAGUAUCACGUACAGAUCUCGCAGAGACGGUUAUGGAUACAGAGUUUACCAAGAUCUCAACCUCAUCGAUCCUAGGUAAACUAUUUCAUACUCUCGAAAGUAAACCUUAUGUAGUUGUAAUAAACGACGAUAAUGUAUUAGUCGGACUUGCCAUUUUAAAAGAUAUUUAUAAUUUCAUCAAUAACCCGAGUGCAAAAUUACCACAUAGAGAAUAGCAUUAUGUAAAAUAUAUCCAUCUUGUUAUAUUUAAUAAUGAAAAAGUAUAUAUAUAUAUUUUUUUUUUUUUAUUAAAACUAAAUAUUAUAUGCUAUUUUACAUAUAAUAUCUUGCUACCUUAUGACACAUUACCAUUUUGUACAUUUAUGAAAUUGGACCAUUGAUUUAUAUCUGUAAAAUUAAGUAUACUAGAGGAAUAGUACAAUAAUUUAUACUGUUUCUUAAUAUAAUAUAACUUUACCUAAUAUCUCUCUUAUAGCAUAUAUUAAGUACUCAUUUUUCAAAUAAUAAUUUACAAUAUAAGAGCGACUAGAGAUGUGCUACAGAUAAAAUAGUUAUAAAUAAAAUAUAUGUUGGGAUAAGGGAAUUUAUAUUUUACAUUUAUAUAGUAGGUACAUAUAAAUUAUAUAAGAUCAUUAUGGAAUUGUUCUGUCUCUUGUGAAACAAUGAUAUAUUUUUUUAAAACAGCAAAAAAUAUAAAUGUAUGUCUAUAUAUAUAUAUAUAAUAUCUUCUAUAUCUUUUAAUGAUAUUAAGAUUGUUACAUCCAAUUUUAAUGUAUAUUUUUUUGUAUCUGUUUAUAUGCUUUCCAAGUUAUAAUAAAAUCUAAUAGAUAUUAAAUUCUUUGAACUUGAA